AUGUCUUCUAGCGCCGCGUGUAUCUUCUGCAAGAUCAUUAAGGGUGAUAUCCCUUCCUUUAAGGUCUUUGAGAGCGACAAGGUCUUUGCCUUCCUCGAUAUUCAGCCGCUCAGCCGCGGCCAUGCGCUCGUGAUCCCCAAGUUUCACGGCGCCAAGCUGACCGACAUCCCUGAUGAGGACUUGCUCGAGGUUUUGCCCGUCGCAAAGAAGAUUGCCAAGGCCAGUGGCGCUGAGGACUUCAACAUCCUGCAGAACAACGGGCGCAUUGCCCACCAGGUCGUUGACCACGUUCACUUCCACAUGAUCCCCAAGCCCAAUGAGCAGGAAGGUUUGGGCAUCAGCUGGCCCGCCAAAGAGUCCGACAUGGACAAGCUGAAGGCCCUGCAUGAGGAGAUCAAGUCGAAGAUGUAA